AUGACUGAAACACCAAAGAAAGAUGAUGAGGUUCUCAUUCAAGAAAUUAAUGUCAAUUCAACCUCUCCUUCACCAGAAGGUAUUCAUGAAAUCAACGAUCUCUUUGAGGGAUUUGAGAAUGCUAAUGCAGAAGAACUAUCUACUGAACAUACCAACAACGAAGAAGCCUCCACUUGUCUUCAUGAAAAACAACAACCAGUUGAUGAUAUGGACAUAGAAGGUAGUGAUGAUAAAAAGCAUAAGUCAUCAGACAGUUCUUCUGAAGAAAAGAAACCGAAAAUGAAAAAAGAUAAAAAAGAAAAGAAAGACAAGAAGGAUAAAAAAGAUAAAAAAGAUAAAAAAGAAAAGAAAGACAAGAAAAAUAAGAAAGACAAGAAGGAUAAAAAAGACAAGAAGGAUAAAAAAGAUAAGAAAAAUAAAAAAGAUAAGAAAAAUAAAAAAGAUAAAGAAGAAAAGAAACCAAGAAAGACUAAUAAAAAAAUUAAUAAAGAAGAAAUUAUUAGGAUGGUUAAGAGUGGUGAAUAUAAACUUGUUCCUAUAGAACAAUAUGAUAAAUUAGUACGUAGUACUAAGAAAUUACACAAAGCAAUAAUGAACAUUAUCUCUUUGGAAAAAUGA